AUGGAUCAAGACGAAUCGUACGAAUCACUGAAACGACGAAGAAAAUACGAAGAGCGGCGGCUGAUUGAAGAACUGAAGUACAAGAGAUCGUGUGUUCGGCUUGCACCUACGCUGCCGACAGAGAACGACGUUCAACGAAAAAUUCGCCAUUUCAUAAGAGAGAUUAUUCGGAUUACCAAGACAAAUACCCUCCAGGAUGACUUCACCAAGGUUCAAGGAAAUCGCCCGGUUCAUUACGCGAGGGGGGAAGCCACCCUCUACAGAGGAUUGGUGGAGAAUAUAUGGCUAAGAACGAGUCAGACGAGAGAACGCCUACGUAGCGCAGCAGAAGCCUUGGCGAUGUCGCAUGAGACCUAUAAAUUCUUGAUUCUGGCAGAAACAGCAACAGAAGAAUCACGAAAUAAGUUCUAUGAUGACGACGUUCAGGGAAUCUCUAUAGAUCCAGUUUUUACCAGUGACUACAUCCGUAAGGAGAUCGAGUUCCUGGACGAGAUUCUCAAGUGCAUGGAAAAUGAAAUGAAGCACGCCGAGAUCCAAAUUGGAAACGAAGAUCACAAAAAUGGAUUCACGGAGCUUAAAGAAGCUGUAGCCGGAUUGCAAAAAAGCAUGGAAGCGAGCAUUGCAGGUCUCCAGAGGAGUAUGGAAGCUAGCAUUGCAGACCUCCAAGAAGAGAUCUCGAAGCAGGAUGCAAGAAUCACGGAACUAGUCAACAAGAUGGAUGGCUUUGGAGAAGAUGUCCAGAAGGUCAAGGAUUGUGUCCAGUGCAGGAGGGAAACCAAGGAGAGCGACCAAACCGAAACUCUACCCACGCAAAAUGAAGAAUCCGAGGACCAGCACUCUGACGCACCAGAGAAACCCACUGAUGCCAAGGAAGGGCUUAAGGCGCCACCAUCGGAUGGCGAAAUAGUCGAAGACCUGCUCGACCUUGAUUACGAAGGCGAUUAUCAGAUGGAUAAUGACAUGAACACUGACGAUCACCCAACGACGGCACCACAAAGGGAUGAGGUGCAUUUGGAAGUAGAGCAAACAAGGCGGCGUUUACUGUCGCAGUUGCAAGAUCUACGGCGAACCCAAUAUCGGAACAAAAGAGUACCGCGAAGAAUCUUCACCUUCUUUGACAUCAUGAGGGACAGGAGCCCACCUCACUGUUCGUUCUGCAGAGUGAAAGGAAAACAUUACAGCGAUAGCUGUCCGCUUUUCAAGGAGGUUGGAGUGCGCGAACGAAAGAUAUGGUGUCGUAACUGUCUCGACACUCUAUUCUACUGA